ACUUGAAACUCAGGCCACCAUUGGGUAUUUUCUUUCCCCUGUAAUUGGUUCUUUACCCCGUCAUUCCCUAUCCUUCUCCGCAGGGUACUACGCAUAUUGCGCUCAGUGUGCAUUCCCGUAAGCAAUGUAGGAAAGUCCAGGAUCCCUGUACCCAGAGAGCAAGGAGAAUUUACGUUGUUUUCUUUGAGAAAAAAAUACGCUCAUGUGAGGUCAAAGGCAGUGUAAAGGGGAAAGGGACUAUUGGCAGGUGAACGGAAAAUUUUGGUCGUAUAACGACAGGAAGAAAUGGAAGUAAAUAAAACAGUACUAUGCGAAAGCCUUAUAAAAUGGUUGAUGUCUUUGGAUCUGGGACACAAGCUUUGAAGAUACAGGCUACGGUUAUGUCCUAAGCUACAUGAGAAAACAAAAGAUUCUUCAUCCCAUACAUCCGUUUUAUACUGAUUCAACCAAUUCAGGAUCACAGAUCAAGAUCCUAUCUCGUUGCAGACCUUUAACACUCCCUCCCCAUGUAAGGCUGUGCAGGACCUCACCAGUGGGGUCACAAUGUCUCAAGCUCUUAAUCAGAUAGACCCUGCAUGGUUCAGUGAGGGCUGGUUAAGUCGUAUUAAGGAAGAUGUGGGUGAUAACUGGAGACUGAAGGUGAGCAACCUUAAGAAGAUCCUUCAGAUGAUAGUCGAUUACUACAAUGAGGUGCUGGGGCAGCAGAUUUCGGAUUUUACCCUGCCGGAUCUGAAUCUGGUGGCUGAGCACUCGGACCCUGUGGAACUGGGCCGCCUCCUGCAGCUCAUCCUGGGCUGUGCUGUGAAGUGUGAGAGGAAACAAGAAUACAUUCAGAUUAUUAUGACCUUGGAGGAAUUGGUGCAGCACGUUGUGAUGACAGCUAUCCAGGAGCUGAUGAGCAAAGAAACUGUGUCAAGUUUUGGAACUGAACCACUUGGGGACGUUGAGCAACAGCUCAAGAAGGCAAUGGAGGAGCUAGCAGAGCUUAUGGCCGAGAAGGAGGAGCUCGCUCAGCGUUGUCAGGAGCUUGACAUUCAGGUGGCAGUGCUGCAAGAGGAGAGGAACAGCCUCUUGGCCGAGAAUGAUGUCCUGACUGACCGGGCCAAUCAGCUGGACUCCUUCGAUGACCCCAACACACCAUCAGGGAAGAAGUACUGCCACCUGCAGCUACAGUUCGAGCAACUGCAGGAGGAGAACUUCAGGCUGGAGGCAGCGAAGGAUGAUUACCGUAUCCACUGCGAGGAGCUGGAGAAACAACUAAUCGAAGUGCAGCACCGUAACGAUGAGCUUACCAGUCUGGCAGAGGAGUCCCGAGCCCUCAAAGAUGAGCUGGACAUCUUGCGGAGCUGCUCUGACCGAGCAGUAAAGCUGGAAGCCUCGGUGGAGACCUACAGGAAGAAGCUGGAGGGCCUGAGCGAUCUGAGGCGACAGGUGAAGAGCCUUGAGGAGAAGAACAUGACGUACAUGCAGAACACUGUCAGCCUGGAGGAGGAGCUGCGCAAGGCCAAUGCUGCUCGUGCUCAACUGGAGACAUAUAAGAGGCAGGUGCAAGAACUGCACAGGAAACUUUCUGAUGAAUCCAGAAGAGCUGACAACUUGGCAUUUGAAAUGAAAAAAUUUGAAGAAAAGUAUGAAACUCUACUGAAAGAAAAAGAGAGGCUGAUCAUUGAGCGGGAUUCCCUGAAGGAGACCACUGAGGAACUAAAAUGUACACAGGCUCAGCAAGACCAGCUCCUGCAAGCAGGUAUAUUUCCUGCAGGAAGUCCUAGCCAUGACACUUUAGCUGCUGAAAUCCUGCCUAUUGAAUACAGGGAGAAGUUUAUCCGCCUGCAACAUGAGAACAAGAUGCUGCGUCUCCAGCAGGAGGGGUCGGAGAACGAGCGCAUUGCAGAGCUGCAGAUUCAGCUGGAGGAGGCCCAUCGCUGCAAGAGUGAGCUGGAAACUGAAAACAGGCUGAACCAAGAGAGGAUCAGUGAGCUGCAGCUGCAAGUUGAAGAUCUUCAGAAAGCUUUGCAAGGACAAGGAUCCAAGACUGAAGAUUCACAUCUGCAGAAGAAACUAGAUGCUCAUAUGGUACAGCUCAAUGAAGCCAAGGAUGAGAUCAUGAAGAAGAAAGAGCUGAUUGAAGAUCUCCAGCCAGAAACUGUACAGAGCUCUUUAAAAAUUGAUGAGCUGCACUCAGCUCUGCGGAAGAAGGAUGAGGACAUGCGGGCGAUGGAGGACCGCUACAAGAUGUACCUUGAGAAGGCGCGCAACGUGAUCAGGGCUCUGGAUCCUAAGCUCAACCCAGCAACAGUGGAAAUCCAGUCCUUGAAGAAUCAGUUGGCAGAAAAGGAUAAACGUAUCCUUGCUUUGGAGCGAGAAUGCGAACAAGCAAAACUGCGGGAAUAUGAGGAGAAACUGAUUGUAACAGCUUGGUACAACAAGAGUCUAUAUUUCCAGAAACUGGCAAUUGAGUCCCGCUUGGCAGGGAGGGUGGCAAGUGGAGUGCCUUCAGGACACUCUUUCUUGGCCCAGCAGCGUCAGGUGACCAACGCCAGGCGCACCCUGUCAAUGAACAUGCCAGCCACCCCCUCUAAGUAGGCCUGGCCUCUUCCAUGGACAUUAACACACAUAAGUGACCUUAAACAUGGGUAUGACCCGCAAAAGGGAAAUAGGUUUCAUGCAAAGAUACACAAAUGUUGUUUUUAAGUAAGAAAGAUUAAAAAAAAACUUGAAUCCUAACACUUACUUGUCCCAAUAGGCAGUCAGGGAAAUAAACUAACAUGUUCAACUUCAAAGAGAAUAUAGAUUCAACCUUGACUUUGAGAUGGUUACGUUUUGUGUUGUAAAAAGAAUAGAAAGUUUGAUACAGCUGCUUAUUUACAGUAUGUGAUGUUUUUCAAAAACUUUGACCAAGUCACUGAAAUCAAGACUUCUGCUUUAGCCCCCCAAAAAACAACGUCUUUAGUAACAUAAAGACUGUGAUGAAGAAUUCACUGCAAUCUUCUUUCUAAAAUCAGCUGCACAAAGCUAAGGUAUGCGUAUACGUGAUCUGACAACUGGAAUCAAUUUCCUGUCGUUAAACUCUGUUUAUUAAGUUUUGCAUGAAUUACUUCUGUGAGAUAAAAUAGACUGAUAACUUCUUACAAUAAAAUGAUGCUGGACAUCAAAAGCUUUCACUUUUUAUGCAGUAUAGCUGCUAAAAAUGUUUCUUCUAGUUAAAUGGGAAAAGUGAAAGACCAAUCAUUGCUAUGUUACUGACAUUACAUCGUCUGGCCUUGUAUGGUCGACACAAAUAUUUUUUUGCUGACAGAGCCAAGGUGCUUAAAUGUAAUUUCAACAUUAAUUGACUUAUUUUGUAUGUAUAUGUGAUGUUUCUUGACUGCUGCAUGGUCUGUUAAAACAAUCAGAGGUCUUUCUUCUAAAGUGUUAUGUAAUAGCUUUUAAGAGAUAGGUAGAAAUAGUUUUCAUUAGUCACACUGAAUACAAACCUAGAAUGGAACUUCCAUGCAAGAGUAUAAAAACUUUUGUGCUUUAUCAAAAUUAUUGCAGUGGUUUGUAAUUUUCUCACACCCUCUUUGCAUUACAUUAGUAGUUACUGUACGUCCACAAACUGUGUUCUUCACUUUAAAAAAACUUUCGAUACAGUAUAUCAAUUUUUAUGAAUUCCUCUAUUUUAGCUAUAUUCAAAUUCAUACCCAUAUAUAUUUGUACAUAAAUAAAGUUAAGGUUUCUGAAUUUGUUUCAGAUAUAAAACUAUUGUUAGUGAAGUGUUAAAAUGUGUUAAGGAUUUAACAUU